CUUAUUAUAACGAAGCCAACAAACUGUGUGUAAAAUGUCAAACUGGUUGUGUAGCAUGCAGUUCAAAUGGUGAUUGUAGUUCAUGUUUUGAUGGGUAUUAUUUAUCAUAUGGUAAUUAUUGUAAUGGAUAUUGUAAACAAUGUUUUGCAUGCUCUGAUAAAUGUUACAGAUGUGAAAACAACAAAUGCACAAUAUGCUAUCCUGGUUAUAAUCUCCGAGAAGAUGGGACGUGCACAGUAUGUGAAGCUUCUUGUAAAACAUGUAGCACAGCUAAUAAGUGCACUAAUGCUCAACAACAUCAGGUCAAUGUAAGAAAUGCAAAUUAA